AUGUCAAUAGAGGGCGAAAAAAUUCGGAUGGAAGCAAAGGAAAAGUGGGGAGAGGUAAAAAUCAUAAAAUCAAGCAAUUUUUCUUUUAAAAAAAUCAUUUUCAGAUAGCUGAAGCUUGCGUGGAUUCUUCAGAAGUCGAGCAAUAUACCGGCCUAAUCCAUAAGGCUUUCGCUCAUGUAAGAUGAUUCUGGAAUUCACGAAAUAAUAAUAUUUUUUUCAUUACCAAUCUCUUGAAAGAAAAUCUUAAAACACUCCUAUUAGUGACCAAAAUUGGUUCAUUCAAGUUUUCGAGACACUCCUGAGGUUUAGGGUCUGAAUCUCAAGCCUUUAAAGCUUAACUAAUGCCUGUAAGGGUCUUUCAUUUUAUAUUCUGAUUCGAAAGCCAAAAAGACCUAUAGGGACCACUAUCAUGCUACCCUAGAGUGACCACCAAGUAAAAACCCUAGAGGGGCCACUCUUGCAAGCUAUAUUGCCCCUAUAAAGGAGUUAAGGCGAUCCUAAAGGGGAACCUUCGAGUGUCCCUAAAGUUGCCCCUAUAGGGACCACUCUGGCGUAGUCUCAGUCCAUCAAGACGAGUUUUCAUAUCUUUUCCACCUUGUCUCGAAAGUUUUUGGAGACUUUGUCACGAUUAUGUUUCGGUCCCUCGUCUUCUGAAAGCCUGAUUCGAAUUUGAGAAAGCUCCUAUUAAUAUUUUUCAGGCCAAUUCGGAAACCCAACUCGAAACGAUUGGCUUUCGAGUUGGACAAGUUCUCGUCGAAAAAGUUUCCAAAGAUUCGCCCAAAUUGGUCACAGAAUUGGAGGUCUUCGAACAAAAAAACGAUUCUAAUUUUAUUUUCAGAUAGUUAAAUUCAUUUGCAAAGAGUUCUGGUCAGCGGUUUUCGGGAAACAAGUUGACAAUUUGAGGACCAAUCAUCAGGUUAAACUCUUUUUUUUUUGAAAGGAAAAUGAUUUUCGAAUAUUUUUCAUAGAACCUCGAAAGUGUCAAGAAAACGUUCAUUCCUCGUUUUUUUCGACUAGUUUUUUAUUUCAUUUUUUUAGUAGACUUUAGUAGAAAAUAUCGAACAUUCAUUUGGAAAAUGUUAAUAACUGGGCGUGUAACAGGAUUGCACGGAAGUUCGUUUUUUCCGCGUCAAAUAAGGCACAAAAAAAAUUAUCAGAAAAUUUCUACUUUUUAAACAGCAAACUCAUGUUAAUUUAAAGCUUAUUUUUUAGAAAAAAAAAAUGGUACUUUUUCUGUUCCGACUUUUUUUUAUUUCGCACCAUAAUUCGAUUAAUUAAACUUAAUAUACCAUUUUCACCUAACACUUGGUUUUUCGAGCUUCAAAAAAAUUCGUCAAAAUAAACAAACGCCUUUUUUAAAACUAUAUUGAAAAUUUAUGACCUGGGCAUAUUUUCAAAGAAAAGUGUAAUUACCCCAUUAUCACGGUAUGCUGGAAAAGUCGGUCGGUCGGUUUGGAAAAAAUAGGCCACGCCGCGAUUUCGCUCCAUGAAAAACUUCGAAUUUCAAACUGUUUCUUUUCUUUUCUGAAAUUUUCUUCCUUUUCAAAUUUUACUAAGAAGGUUUACGCUUUUUUUUUUCAAACUUUCGGCGUGGCCUAGUUUUCCAAACCGACCGAUCGACCGACUUUUGUUCCAGCAUGCCAGUUAUUACUUCUGUGUAUAGCUGAUUCACGGCUGGCUUGAGCCAUCGGAAAAAGGGUCCUGACACGAUAAUGCACGAGAUAGCGCAGACAGGACACGCCCUCUUAGCGUCCCAAGCUGGCCGUGAAUCAGCUAUAAACCUCUCGCCGUUAUCCGGCCUCUUUUAAUGGUCAUUCUGUCCUUCUAAAUGUCUUGUUUCAGGGCGUCUAUGUGGUACAAGACAACAAGUUCACCACGUUGCGGUGUUUCCCCGAAGGAACACAAUAUGUGAAAAGUUCUGGACGAUUUUUGGCCCUCCCUUGUGGGAUUUUGCGUGGCGCUCUCGAUAGUUUGAAUAUCCCUGUCAGUUUUGUUUUCGUGAAAGGAAAAAACCAGGAAAAAAGGGAUAUAAUCUUUUGAAAUAAAUCUUUUUUCGGUGUAAAAUUUUUCAGGCCUCUUCUUUACAUGGUUUGCAUUUUUGGCUGUUUUUUUGUUUUCAAACAUUAUUAUUUUUUUCAAAUCAUCAAUAAAAAAAUAUCUUAUCUUUCAAAAAUUUCGAAUGAUUAAUUUUCAGGCGAUUGUCACGGCGACCGUCGAAUCGAUACCGGCCGUCAAGUUUCAAUUGCAAAUCGCCGCCAAAGCAUAA